AUGAAACAAUAUUGUGAACAACAUAAAAAUUAUGAAACAGCACAAAAAAGAAAACGUUGCAAAACUAAACGUCAUCGACAGCGGAAAUUUUUACUAGAUCAAUAUCGUAUGAAAAAUAUGAGUGACGAAAAUUUUGAACGAUUAUCAUGUCGAACAAGAAAAGCUGCGCCGUCUCGAUUUGUUAAUCUGUAUUUGCGUUCCUAUGGUACAAUUGUUGUAUCAUCAAACUGCAAUGUGAUCGUUGCAUUUAAAGAGAUUUGCCGUACAGAGACUAUUAAAGAAGUGCUGAAUACAUUUUUUGAUUUAUUUCGCUCAACAAAAAAUCUACCACAAUACAUAGUCUACGAUGACGGAUGUCAUGUAAGCAGGAAAACUGAAGAUUCUCUGUGGAAAGAUAAAAUACCAAGAAGAAAGUUUUGCGAACAUCCAACACGACACAUUGGCCAUCGUGAUGGACCAAAAGUACAGAGAUCAGUUUCUUUACGGCUCGCUACGUUCAUCCGCGACCGAUAUGAUCUUGAUGAUGUUAACGUGAAUGGACUCUGCGCAAAAUGUCACGCAUUGGAGAACAAACAAAUGCAAUUAGAUGCAGCUAUGGAUAUCGACGAGAAUAUCAAUUCAAAUGAUCAUAUGUCCGAUUAUGGUGAACAAGAACAAAAUUCAGAAGAAGAGGAAGAUGCUAAUGAUGAUGUUUGUGAUGAUGAUGAUGACGACGAGGACGACGACGACACAACUGAUCAAGACAAGAGCAGUGGUGAUGAUUCACUUUAUGAACUUACCUAUCAACAACAAGAAGCAAUGGAAAAGCUAUCGAAUGUGUUUCGAAUGCUGAAUUUGAGCCCAAUUCAUGACCAUGUAGCUCCAAUUCGUCGUCAAGUCGACCAGGUGUACAGAAGCCUUCAUCAAAUGUGUGAUGUUCUUGAAAGACAAAUGGAUAAGUCGAUACAAACUAAUCCUCAUGAACUUCAGGUUGAAGAGUCCUAUGAAUUGGUUACUGGAUUGAAGAAAUUAUUCAAUGAGAGCAGUCCAGCUGAGCAGGUUCGGUUGAUGACCAUUGCCCCGAAAGACUGGGGUCGUAGAAAAACUGAAAGAUGGUUUCAAUCAUCAGAGCGUCAUGCACGUCAGGUGGCAUGGAAAGAAAACUAUCAACGGACAUCGAAGCAAUCUUCUAUAUCAACAGCUGAGAAAUUCACUAUGAAUGAUCUCGUUCGUCGAAUGAUCUGCUCUGUCGAAACGGAAAAUUGCUAUAUUGGUGAAUGCGAUAAUUGUCCAACAGUACAACUCGCAAACAUUCUCACUGAGCACAUUGAAAUCGACCUUGAUGAAGAAUGCUCAUGGAUCAUUUGGAGAAAACUGAAUACCAAAUUCGAUCUGCAUAAAGUGACUGGCUCUCUCGAUUCUCUGCUAAGUGAAGUUGAAGAGCAAUGGCCUCAUUUUCUUCAACAUACCUAUUACAAUCGACAACAACGAGAAUACGUCAAAUAUCUUCGAACACAAUCGACUAACAAAGUUAAUAUCGCCCUCACCCUCUCCCUCACAAUUCAAGGAAUCCGUCACAUGCUCGAAUUUCAAGUCUUGCCUAACAAAUCGAUCAAUUGUCGUCGUACUUCAAGAUCUCGUCAUUCGGAAACAUUCUCCUUUCGAUAG